UAAGUUAAUCGGUGUGCACCAGCCCUGGAACGAAAUCUAGUGAAUUGUUUACAAACUCUUUUUAUUGGUUUAAUAAUGGGAACACCCCGAAAAGGAUUUAAUUACUACGCGCCCUACUCUCAGAAUGUGCGACAAUACCCAUCUCAGAACACGGAGUACAUGUCCCAGCAUAACGGUGGCCAGCAAACGCCACAGAGACCCAAUCCAAGCACGCCACAUUUCUACCAGAAUCGAACGCCGCAACAACAAAAUGUUGGCUUCUACGAGGACAGACAAGGCUCUUCAAGUGCAAAUACGCCUCACUUCUACCAGAUUAAAACACCUCACCAGCAAUACGGAACCCCGCGGAAUUUUUGUCAUCGCGGCAGGGGCGGCGGUGAUAGGCGCGGGCAGCACCAAAACAAAAAAAGAUUUAGCGACAGGGGAAAUGCUUCUCAAUACUUCCACAGUUCCAUGUUGGAGGACCCGUGGCGGGAGCUGAUGGAGCGCCACAAUGCAAUACACGGUAGUGUCUUAAGUGACCCACAGACGGACAGUAUAGGAUCGGAUGAAGAGUUUGAGCUCAAAACUUAAUAUAUUUAUUUACAUUG